GACUGCAGACACAGUACAGGAGAUGACCAGAGACUGCGGACAGCACAGGGAUGACCAGAGACUGCGGACAGCACAGGGAUGACCAGAGACUGUGGACAGUACAGAUGACUGCUGACCUUUGGGGAGGUGGGGAGCGGGUACCUGAAUUUGACAGGUACCCGCUCUUACUUCCGCAGUUGUUCUUUGAUCUUACCUGUUCCUCGAUCCAGCCGCGCGCUGUCUUCCCGGCUUCUGUAAUGGCGCUCGGCAUGACAGCCGGGUGCCCAGUGCGCAUGAGCGAGAAGCACUUGCGCUUUGUGAUUGGUCCGGCGGCUUCUGGGAUCUGUCAUGUGUCCCAGGUACCGCCUUACCAUUCACAAAAA